CAUAUACUACUUCAUCUUCUUCUUGUUGCUCCUGUUUCACACCCAACUAACCAAACCGAGCUUUUUGUCUUCGGGUCCUAAUAAAAUUCAAAUCUUUCUGUCUCUUCAUUUACACGCGCCUAGGCCUCUCAACUUUUGCAAAGAUGCUGGGAUUCUUUUCACUCUCCACAUUUCCCAAUAAUGCUAUAAAGGUAGUGAACUCUCAGAGCUUUGUAUCAACAUCAGCCACAGCAACAAAGCCCACCACCAUCAGCUUCACCAGAAAUUUGAGGGUGAAAAUGUCGUCUGAUACUCUUCCUCCUCCUCCUGAAAAGGGCAUUGUUGUGGGGUGUGGUGGGGCGUCCGUGGAUUUCUUGGCGGCAGUAGCAACCUAUCCUAAGCCUGAUGACAAGAUCAGAAGCACCAGCUUGAAGGUUCAAGGAGGUGGAAAUGCAGGGAAUGCUCUAACCUGUGCUGCUCGUUUGGGCUUAAAGCCCAGGCUAAUUUCCAAGAUUGCAGAUGACACUCAAGGCAGGGAUAUAUUGGAUGAGUUCGUUGCUGAUGGUGUGGAUACUUCUUUUCUUGUGGUUUCAGAACAGGGCAAUUCACCAUUUACCUAUGUCAUUGUUGACAACCAAACGAAAACCCGUACUUGUAUUCACACCGCAGGAAAUCCUCCCAUGGUACCAGAUGACCUUUCUCGAGAAAAUUUAUUGUCUGCAUUAGAUGGUGCAAGAAUUGCCUAUUUUGAUGGAAGAUUGCCUGAAACUGCUUUAGUUAUUGCACAAGAGGCAGUGCACAAAAGUAUACCUAUUUUAAUUGAUGCAGAAAGAAAGAGGGAAGGGUUGGAUGAUCUCCUGAAAUUAGCUGAUUAUCUCAUAUGCUCAGCAAAAUUUCCAAAGGCAUGGACAGAGGCACCAUCUCUUCCAAGUGCACUUGUUUCCAUUCUGUUGAGAUUGCCAAACAUCAAUUUUGUGAUUGUGACCUUGGGUGAAGAUGGAUGCAUGAUGCUUGAGAGAAGCGUAAAUGAGAGUUCUGGGACAGAAGAGAUUGACGUAGAUGUCUUAUUGGAAUCAUUAAAGCAGCAGCAAAAGGAUGAAAGCACCAGCCCAACAUGUAUUUCAUCGUCAGUGACAAGAUUGAGAGCAAAAGGGAUAGGGACACUAUGUGGGAGGUUAUUUCUGGGAACGGCUGAGAAGAUACCGCCAUCAGAACUUAUCGACACAACUGGUGCUGGGGAUGCAUUUAUUGGAGCUGUUAUUUAUGCUAUAUGUGCUGACAUGCCACCAGAACAAAUGUUGCCAUUUGCAGCUCACGUGGCAGCAGCAAACUGUAGAGCUUUGGGAGCUCGAACUGGUCUCCCAUACCGCACAGAUCCACGCCUGGCUUCUUUUUUACAACAAAGUUCCCAAGUGAUCACAUCUUUGGCAAAGUAAAUAAGAAGCAUGAGAAUGAGCAUGCAAGAUGGGCUCUUUCAUCCCAGCUGCUAAAAGGGCUUUGAUGCGGGAGCAAGAAGAUUUUUAUUUAGUAUUAUUUAUGUUUGCAAGUCAAUUGUAUUUUUUAUGUUUUAGGUCCUAAAAGUUUAUUAGGCUAUUAAUAUUUUAAUUUGGAAAUAAAGUUAUUUUCGUAAUAAGACAAUUAAGGUUUCCUAGCCAAUUAGAACUAGGAUUUAGUAAUCCUUUAUAAGCAACUUAUUGUACUCCUUGAGGAGAUAGUUGAUAUUUUGAUGAAUGAAAAAAUGAUCAUUUGGUUUUUCUUU